AUGGGGAAAAAGAAAGCCGGGCGGACACAGAAGCCAGCCUCCAGACGCCGCAUGCCGCCCGCUCCACGGGUCACAACCGGAGAUGAAUUGAAGAAGUCAGCCAAGAUGUGGAAUGGGACAGUGACAGUGUCAGAGUUUGUACUACAUUGUGCGAUAGACCCUGAGCAGAGGACCAUUACAAUCGUGUCACUUGCUCUCAUCUACUUGGUGACACUCAUUGGAAACCUGCUAGUAAUUGCAGUUAUCACUAUGAACCCUCAUCUCAAGACACCGAUGUUUUUGUACAUCUGCUUCUUAGCCAUCAUUGAUGUCGUUAACAGCACCAAUCUUAUCCCACGUAUGUUGGCUAUCCUGCUCUUCAACUCUUCAACCGUGCCUUACGGACCCUGCUUACUGCAGCUGUCUGUCGUGUACUACCUUGGGGUUUUGGAGGGCAAUCUUUUGCUAGUUAUGGCCUGUGAUCGCUAUGUUGCUGUGGUUUAUCCCCUGAGGUAUCCAUCGAUUGUUACGAGUAAAGUCGUCUGGGCCAGCAUCUUCCUGGUGAACAUUAUUGGUGCAGUGAUCCUCACACCAUACCUGGUUUAUGUAAGAGAACUCUCCUUUUGUCGCACCAAUGUCUUGCCUUACUGUUUCUGUGACUAUGCGACAAUGGUUCAAAUCGCAUGUACCAAUGACCCCAAGUAUAUUGUCAUUUUGUCCAUCACAACAGGAAUAUCGGCAUCAUACUGUGUGACGCUGACCCUCUUUUCCUACUACAAAAUCGCUCGAGCUGCUCUGAAGAUCUCCUCCGUCAAAGGGAAACAGAAGGUCUUCAGUACCCUGCUGACCCACCUGCUGGUGGUGGGCCUCUUCUAUUGCCCUCUGAUGAUCUCCUACAUACUCCCUGGAGUCGGGGUGAAGCUGUCGGCCGAAGCCUGCACUUCUUUAAUCAUUGUAGCCAUCCUAGUCCCUCCGAUGAUGAAUCCCUUAAUCUACAGCUUUAGGAACAAGGAAAUAAAAAGCAGCAUCCACAGGCUUGUCACGGGAAAGAGAACAAAUCCCGAGAUCGAUGAUCCGUAG